AUGGUUGCCUUGACUGUGGAGGAACUGACGCCCGAGCACAUAAGAUUCACACUCUCCAACACAACCGUGGGAUAUGCUAAUGCUCUGAGGAGGAUACUGAUUUCGGAAGUCCCGACGAUUGCAAUCGACAUGGUGGAGAUAGAGAGAAAUAACACUGUACUUCCCGACGAGGUGCUUGCCCACAGACUCGGGCUGAUCCCCAUAUACUCGAAAAGAGAGCUCAAGUACAAGGAAGAGUGCAGCUGCUCCGGAUUCUGCUCGGAGUGCUCUGUUGUGUUUGAGAUAGAUGUGGUGCAUACAGAUGACACUCUGAGGACUGUGAGCACAAGAGACAUAGUCUGUGACGAAGAGGAUGUGAUUAUCAAGAGCGGGCCUGUCAUCACAAAGCUGGCAAGGGACCAGGGCUUGAAGGCCCGAUGCAUAGGACGCAAGGGCGUUGGAAAAACCCAUGCAAAGUGGUCUCCGGUGUCUGCAAUCAGCUUCGAGUACGACAAAGACAACGUCAGGAGAGAGACAAAUUACUGGUUUGAGGAGUCCAUAGAAGAGGAGUGGCCCGGGGUGAGGCAGGGCGAGGCAAACCUGAUGCAGAAGAUCGAUAAGAUCCAUAUGUGCGUGGAGGUUGUAGAGGGGGGUGCAGGACCCCUGGCGGUUGUCUUAGAGGGACUGAGAAUACUCAAAGAAAAAGUAGCAACCCUGUCAUCUGCAGCUGAAACAAUGGAUUAA